ACCAUGGCUCCCUCCCUUCUCCUCCCUCCUCAGUCCAGCUGGGUGGUGGGCGGAGUCUAUCACUUGAUCUGAACAGCUUCAGGGUCAGCCUCCAGUUGGGGAGAGGUGAUCUGGUCCUCCUGCUUUCUCUCCUCCUUCGGAUUCAUUCAACGGCUCUUCCCUCUUUCUGCACCUCCUCCAAACCCCAGGAAUUCUCAGCCGGAUCUCUCCUCUGGACUCUUCUUCACUUCUUUUGGAUAUCUGACAGAAACCACCUCCUGACCGGGACAGAACCCAGGCCAACCAGCAGGUAUGACAGACAAACCGGGCAUGCCAGCAGGAGGUGGAGAUGAUGGCAUCAUGGCCUUGCUGGAGCGUGUGGCGGGCCUCAUGGACAGCGUCCAGGCCACCCAGCAGCGCAUGGAGGAGCGUCAGCUGGAGCUGGAGAACACAGUGAAGACCAUCCAGGCUGACGUGGUCAAGCUCACCAACGACCACGCCAACACCAGCUCCACCGUGGACCGGCUGCUGGAGAAGACCCGCAAGGUCAGCCGCCACAUCAAGGAUGUCAGGGUCCGGGUGGAGAACCAGAACCUCCGGGUGAAGAAGGUGGAGGCCACACAGGGAGACCUGCUGGCCAAGAACAAGUUCAGGGUGGUCAUCUACCAGGGUGACCAGGAGGUUAAAGCUGUCUCACCAGGAUGUGAACCAGGAGAGUCCGGCGCCGGCGCUGCAGCCAGAGCCGAGGUGGAACCGGACAAGUUCGAGCUGCCUCCUGAGUCAGACGAGGAGUACAUGGUGGUGGAGGAGGCGGACUCCUCAUCAGUCGGUCGUAUGAAGAAGACCGGGCUGACGCGCAUCGAGAGCUUCAAAGCCACCUUCUCCAAGGAGAACAUGACCAAGACCCGUGAGAACCUGGGCACCAAGGUCAACAAGCUGGGCGAGAGAAUCGUGACGGCUGAGAGGCGCGAGAAGAUCCGUCAGUCGGGCGAGAAGCUGAAGGAGACAUUCACCAAGACCGUCCCAGCAAAGCUGAACCUGAAGAAGGAGAGGACUGUGGCAGAAGGUCAGGAAGGAGCCGAGGGAGCUGCAGAGGCCGCCGUUCCCGUCCCCCCUCCGAAAGGUCGGAAGGGCAGCCCACAUGCUGCCGGGGUCGCCGAUGACGAGGGCAAGGCGGCCGGGUCGGAGGUUCCGGUGUACGACAUGAAACAGCUGUCAUAAAGAUGUUUGACCUGGACUAGAGAGAAGAACCACGUUCAUGAAGAUGUGUAGAACUUUACAGAAGGAAGUGAACUUUAAGCGGGCCGCUCCGAAAACUCUGAACCGGAGAGAAAAGUUUGUUUGUUCAGAACUUUUCUACCAAACCAGCAGCAGAAAGUUUUCUUUGUGUUCAUUAAAGUUGGACAGAACCGUUUCAGAACUUCUCCACGGGUUCCUGGUGCCACCCUGCUGCUGCUGCUGCUGAUGAUCAGGUGUUUGCAUGUUGAUGAAGGUGAAGUUUUUGAUGAUGAAGAUGAGGCAGGUGUAACGUACGUCUGGUUCAGAAAAAUGGACCUUUAGUUUGGAAAAACCGGAGCUUUUGUUCCAGUCUGGAGCUGAUCCUGGUCCUGGUCCUGAUCCUGGUCCUGAUCCUGGUCCUGAUCCAACCAGGGCAGCUGCAGAGGACAUCAUCUGGAGUUCUGGAUCAGGCCUCAGAGUUCAGUUUGUGUUCUCUACACCGUCAGCUGAGUAAAACCUAAAGGUGUCUACGAAGACUUCAGAGCUCCAUCACGGACGCCCCGUGUGAGACGGAGUCAUUAGUACUUCAGUAAUCUGUCUUUUAGAUUAGAAAUCUGUCAGAUUAUUAUAAUUAUAGAAUACACAACAGAAAUAAAAAGGCCCUGCAGUACUUGGGUCGUCCAGCAGAGGGCAUCAGGAACGUACGGAUUAUGCUGCAGAGGUAGAGCUCCUACCGGGGCUCUUUGGGAUUAGGAGAUUAGAAACAUCUGCGCUAAAAUACAGGCAGAUAUUUCUGGAUUAAAAUUAACAUGUUUGGAUUAUUAAGAUUUACCAGUAAAAGUAAAAUACUUCAGGAUCAAAUACUAUUACUAUUAUUAAUUAUUACUGAUGAAUGAAAAUGACAUGAGUGCCCCCCCCCCCCCCACACACACACACACACACACACAUACCCCAGAUGGGUACGACGACUCUGGGUUAAAGCGCAGAAACAUCUGGGUUUACCUGCGAUAAAGACGACCGCAUCCUGAUGAAGAUGAAGGUCUGAGUGGUUGUCGGGGCGAUGAGCGUUCCUCCUGAUGGUUCGGACAUAAAACACGUGUAACUCUGAUGUUCGUCUGAUUUCUACUGUAAUCUGGGAUGUGUUCGCUUAGAGUGGCUGCAUGGCUGUCAGAAAUAAAAACACUGAAGCUGUUUGUGUUGAGAAAAUAAAAGUCUACUUGAAUCACA